AUGUUCUCUGGCAGGAAGCUGUCUGGAGUUUGCAGAGCCAUCAGCUUCCAUCAUUUCAGAUCCCAUUCUGUAUCCAGACCCUCUCCAAACUUGGCUUUUGUGCCAGCCAGUCUUCCGCCAGACCCUGCAAAAGUAGAGGAGCUGCAGCACUUUGUUUCUAACUCCAAGAGGCUUUUUGUUAUGACUGGGGCUGGAAUCUCAACGGAAUCAGGGAUCCCAGACUACCGCUCAGAAGGAGUGGGGCUGUACGCCAGGACGGACAGACGGCCUGUCCAGCACGCGGAGUUCGUUCGCAACGCCAGCGCCCGGCAGCGUUACUGGGCAAGGAACUUUGUGGGCUGGCCCCAGUUCUCCUCCCACCAGCCAAACACAGCACACCUGGUACUCAGGGACUGGGAGAAACUGGGGAAGCUGCACUGGCUGGUGACCCAGAACGUGGAUGCCCUUCACACCAAAGCUGGGAGCCAGCGCAUGACAGAACUGCACGGAUGCACACACAGAGUUUUUUGCCUGGCCUGCGGAGACCAAAUCCUGCGCUCUGAGCUUCAAGAGCACUUUGAAGCUUUGAAUCCCACCUGGAAAGCUGAAGCAUUUGGUGUGGCUCCAGAUGGGGAUGUCUUCCUGACAGAUGAGCAGGUGCGUAAUUUCCAGGUCCCAGCCUGCCGUAAAUGUGGUGGAAUCCUGAAGCCUGACGUGACAUUCUUUGGAGACACAGUGAGCCAGGAGAAAGUGAAUUUUGUGCACCAGCGCCUGGCAGAAUCAGACUCCAUGCUGGUGGCUGGAUCCUCUAUGCAGGUAUACUCUGGUUACAGGUUUGCUCUUGCUGCCCGGGAGAAGCAGCUGCCCAUUGCAGUCCUUAACAUUGGGCCCACAAGGCUGGAUCACUUUGCAUCAUUGAAACUGAACUCCCGCUGUGGAGAGCUGCUGCCUUUGAUAGUGGUACAUGACCCAACGAGCUGAGCUUUGCAGCUGUCAGGAGUAAAAUUAUUUCUACAAGGACAAGAUACUCAGACUACCAUAUCUGAGAAUAAAACGCCAGUCUUGUAACUGGCCCCGAGAAGAAUAAGGGACAGGGAUUUUGGUUAAGUAACUUGGAGGCAGUAGCCUAGGAGGGCGAUGUGGAAACCCACCUCAUCUGCUGGAGGAUCCAGUACCACUAGUGAGCAACUGUGGAGUGUGCAAAGAGGAAAAGGAGGCAAGAAGAACUGCAGUUGUUAUUUAAAGAAAGCAAAACAGAAGCUGAACAAGAAUACUGCUUGAUCCUGCUCCUGUAAGAGAUUAUUUGAAAGCACAGACUAGAAGGCUGACAUCUUCCAGCAAGGAGGGGAAGCCACCAUCUCUCUCAGCUGUCACUUGACAAUCUAAACUGCUUACUGUCAUCAUGUUAAAAAAUGAUACAUUGUUGAGAUGCCAGAGGAGUUACUUUAAGCUAAUCUGACAGCACUGCUUUCAGUGUGGCUGCUACAUUUUCUAGAGUGUGUUUUUUGAAGCUGCUAAUUAAUGAAUAGCUAAGUAGUAAAUCAAAAUUGUUUACAAGGCUGCUGCUAUUUUGUGUUGUAAUUUCCUCCCUCUCCUAUGAUUUAUUUAGGUACAGUCUCCAUAUCCAGAUUCAUUUUUUCCAUUGCAGAAAUGCAGGAUUACUAAUAGUAAUGCAGUAAUUACUAACAGCUGAUGAAUUAAGAGAGAAAUACAAUUAAAUCUGCACAAUAGGUCUCCCUCAGGAGGUCAUCUCUAGCUAUUAAUAGAUGUCAUUUUCCACACUCCUAACAGGAGAUUGUUCACUACUGGGUAACCAUUUUUGGCUGAUCCUUAGGGUAGUAAUAUAAGACAUAUUAAACCAUUUUAUGGAGUAAGAAAGCAGAAUCUUGCCCAGACUAAAAUACUAAAUUUUUGACCAGACCUUCUGUAUGAAUCUACCACUGUCCUUCUGGUUAUGAGGGAGAUUAAUUGUUAGGGUCUUCCAAAUACCCCUGUCCUGCUCACCACAGAACACCUCCUGUACUAAUAUUUUGACAAGAACUGUGAUACGCAGUUGGAAGCAAGGAAGCCAGAGUCAGCUGCUUCUAAAAAAGAUCACAGAACAGCAAGCACCUCUUCUGGUGCAUCCCCUGAGCUCCUUCUGCAGUUCAUGCUGGCAGUUCCCAUGGUGUGCAGCAUUUGGGAGCAGCAAGCCAGGGAGAAGAGGCAUUUCAGACAGGUGUGGGCCGGACCACUUCUCCUAUCAUCACCCUCCAGUGACCAGAACCCAGUAAGACAGCAGGGCCUUUCCAUUCCACCUAUCCCACUUAACCCUCUGCUGAAGUAGUCCACUAAAUAUGCCCAGGCUGUUACCAAACCCACAAUAUCACUACUUUGCAGUUACAAAAACAAGACAGCACUUGUAUGCCCUAUUUAGCAGAUGAAUCAUCUCAACCACUUUAUAGGAGAGGAGAUGCAGCCACCCAUAAUGGACAGAGAAGGUCUACCAAGAUGCAGAAGAACUGGAGUCAGCAGCAGUUGUCCUGCUGGUCACUGCAGCAACAUUAUGCUUAUUUGGGUUCUUUCUGAACAGAAGCGUAUGACUUGAAACCUAAAAAUCAGGCAUUCAGCUUGGAUCCAGAGCAGCAAAUACCAAACACGAACUCAGUUCCUCUCCUGACUUAACUUCUGAUACUGACUUCAGCAGCACUAAGUUCUUACUCUAGCACAAAAUUCAAGGUACUAUUAUUUAUUAAAUGGGAAGAGUUUGCAAAACUCUUCGCUGGAUGUGUUGUUUUCUGCAUCUUGUCUUUAGAACACUCUGCCAAUAAAAGAUGCUUUCAGAAUGGGUA